AUGGCCCAGUCACCUCCUCCUCCUCCUCCUCAGGGCCUCCCGGGCCUCGACCACUGGGUCUUCUCCCACGGCUGGGGCUGGGCCCAGCACUCGGACUCUACGUCCCCGGCCUCAUCCUCCGAUUCAUCCGGAUCGUGUCCCUGCUACAUCCCCCGCUGCCCCACGCAGUCCGCGGGCCUGGCCCGCAGCACCAGCAAAGCCCAGGCUGCCCCGACGGCGGCGCCCCGACGGGCACGGCCCGCGCCCGCGGGAGGCCAGCGGCAGAGCGCCAGCGAGCGGGAGAAGCUGCGCAUGCGCACGCUGGCCCGCGCGCUGCACGAGCUGCGCCGCUUUCUGCCGCCGUCCGUGGCGCCCGCCGGCCAGAGCCUGACCAAGAUCGAGACGCUGCGCCUGGCCAUCCGCUACAUCGGCCACCUGUCGGCCGUGCUGGGCCUCAGCGAGGACAGCCUGCAGAGCAGGCGCCGACGGAGCGCGGACACCGCGUCCUCUCACCGAUGCCCUCUGUGCCCCGACGGUGGCCCCUCGCAGGCUCAGAUGCUUGCCCCUGGCCUGGGAUCAGCCAUCAGUGGUGGGGUGCCCUGGGGGUCUCCUCCCGCUUGUCCUGGACCCCGAGUCUCACCUGAAAACCUUGGGAGCAGGAUCUCCAACGUGGAUCCUUGGGUGACACCUCCCUAUUGUCCCCAAAUACAGUCACCCUUGAACCCGUCCCUAGGGAGAGCCCCUGACACCUCUCACUGGACACCACCCCAAGCCUGUUCUGGCAUGCAGACAUCCCCAGAACCUAGGAACAAGACUGGACCCUGGUCACCAUCCACUGCUCCUGCAGAGCUGACUGAAGUGUACCAGAGUGUUUCCGUGUCUCCAGAACCCUGCCUGUCCCUGGGAAGCCCACCCCUCCUGCCCGGCCCUUCAUGCCAGAGACGUCAGCCUCAACCUCAGUGGGGCUGCUGGGGCCACAAUGCCGAGGUGCUGUCCAGCUCCGACGACCAGGGUUCCAGCCCUGCCUUCCAGCUCCCCGUGGCCAGCCCCAUCCCAAGCUCAGGCCUGCAGCUCAGUGGCUGUCCUGAACUUUGGCAGGAAGACCUGGGGGGACCCCCACUGAAUAUCUUCUACUAAUAAUGGCCUUGCCCGCACCCUGUCAGUGUGGAGUCAGGGCUGACUGGGACUGCCUUCAUCUCUUCUGUGACAUUUUGAGCUUUCUUUAGUCACGGAUCCCUUUUCCCAGGUGAUGCCUUCCAUGGAAGCUGUCUGGAACAGACAGAUAGUAGGUACCUUCCCUGACUGGGGGGGCUGUGACAGUACCCUCUACUUCUAGGUAUCCUCCUAGAGCAGUGGCUCUCAACCUUCCUAAUCCUGGGACCCUUUGAAACAGUCCCUCAUGGUGUGGUGACCCCCAACCAUACAGUUAUUUUCAUCGCUACUUCAUAACUGUACUUUUGCUACUGUUAUGAAUCAUAAUGUAAAUAUCCGUGUUCUCUCAUGGUCUCAACCCCCAGGUUGAGACCCGCUGUUCUGAAGGCUCAGAGCUCUGUAGAGUCUAAGCUGCUGUGGGAAUGGGGUGCCCUAGGUCUGGGAGAAGAACACAUCCAUGCCCUGCUUGCUGGUGACAGCUGGCCAGCAUCUUAUGCUUGUUUUAGAAUUGCUUUAUAAUUAAAAAGAAAAGGAAA